CCGCAAUUAUUACAAGGAAAACGCGGUUUUCGUCGUUCGUAUUACAAGCGAAAGUGUUCGAAGAACGUCGAUUACGUUCGGAGAAUUCGUUCGGAGAAGUAAAAUUCAGACUACAGCGCGACGUGGUCCGUUAAAACGGUGCGUACGAUGCGGUAGUGCCGUAGCGCGGUGGUGCGGGUUAAACGCGUUCGUGUUUACGCAGAGAUUCGGUUCGAACGUGGCGAACAACCGUGGAAGAGAGGAUAGCGACGAGAGAACGAGAGAAGGCGCGGCGUGGCGGUUAGGAAGGCCGGCAGUGUGACGGGCCGCGUGGUAGGAGGUUGCCGCGAUUCAAUUUCAGUCGAAGCGCGCCAGGCAGACCGAGCGCCAGCAAGAACCGGCUGCUCUCUUUUCCACACCUCGUGCCUCAUUUUUUCGAGCACGCAGUCGAAUAUUUUCCGUGUGUGUGCGUGCGCGAGCGCGCGCGUGUGCUUGUGCAUCGCCCGUCUCUCUCUCUCUCGCGUUCUCUCUCCUUCGCCUCCUCUCUCCGUUCGACGGUUAUAUUCGUGAGACUGGGAUGCACAUGUACCGGCCGAGGGAGGGGGAUGCCAGUGGCGCGAGCGUGCCUGUGUGCGGGCCUCCAGCAUCCGUUUACGCCGAGCGAGUGUUUACGUCGUGGUGCGUGUAACCCACCGUGGACAACCGUUGCUCGGGAACCAGUAUUCUCCGACGUUUUCGAACGCGUUCGGAGAGAAAAAAGCUCGGUCUACGUGUGCACGCGUGACGACCCAGUUUCCGAGGGGAGCAUUAGGAGGUCUCCCGCGAGAGUGAUCCUCGAUAUCGAAUCGAAUCGAAUUAAAGUCGAACGGCGAUCAACCAUGGCGGUUGAACGUUGACGGUGUCAACGGGACCUCUGCCGAAUUCUCGAGAACCAGCGGCGAACGGUGUUGCCGGAAGUGUUCGAACAAAUUCGAGAAACGGAAGACACGUGUUAUUCGAUUUUAUAUUCGUCGCUCGAAUGCCGCAGUGAAGUAUUAGAGAUUGUUCUUGCGAGUGAAACAGAGAGACAGAGAGAGAAAAAGAAAGAGAGCGGUCAUCGAUAGUUAUCGAAUCGAAUCCGCGACUUCGGCCAAACGAAGUUCGAACGUUAACGUGAACGCGGGGUCGCGUACGAACGAACGAACGAACGGAGGAACGGUGUAUGCGAAAAAUGUGCGCGUCUACGUCGGAACAAGCAUUGCCGAUUCCUCAGCGAAGUUUCGUCCUGUUGGGAACGAGUGACCGGGACACGUGACCGCCUGUUCUGCCGCCAUGUCCACGAGGGGAUAAGCCGAAAGGGAACCGGGAAUCUGUGAGAAUGGAAUUCGGAGGUUACAAAGGCACCGGCCCCCGCGUUAGGGUGCGACGACGCGCGGAAUUAGGCAGACGGCUCACCAGGAGGCUGUCGUUGGUCGCGAAAAUGCCGGCUGCCAUUCUCAGCAGGGCCAACCCGCCCGAGCCAAGGCCGGUCGAGAUCACGGCGAUCGCACCUGACAAGUCCCAGCUCACCCUGCCUGGCGCGUCUCCCGGAGCGAUCUCGUCCGUGGUCGCUCCCGUGCUGCUAAAGUACCGGGUCUGCAGGCCCCGAUUGCUGCUCGCCGGCUCCAGGGCCGAGGUCGAUCCCGCCGCCGACGUGGGACUCCUGCACGGGGAGGUUCUGCUGAUCGAGGACUCCGCCAGGCAAUACGAUCCGAUAGGAGAUACCGAUCGCAGGUACAGAGCCACCGAGAAGCUGCUGCACGCCGAAGAAGAGUACCAUGAAGCUCUGUGCAGCGCGAAGGAGCUGUACGCGAGACCGCUUGCUAGAAACUACCCCGAAUUUCAUGAUGUUAUCUUCCAGCCCAUCGCGGACCUCGCCGUGGUCACUGCCGAGCACUGUCAGAGGAUCCGCGGGGCACUCGAGAAUUGGGACGGCGAUACCUUCAAAUCGGGUGACUUAUUCCCCGGCUCGUUUUGGAACUCUUACUGGGAGUACCUGGAGAGCUACGGAGAGGCCAGGCGGAUUCUGGACGAGCUGAGAGCGGCCGAGGACCCCCUACUGCACUUCCUUGGUCUGAGGCAGGCCGCUGCCAGGCACUCGCCGUCCUCGUUGCUUCUUCUACCGGUCCAGAGGCUGGCCGAAUACGAGAGGUACCUGGGCCAGGAGGCGAGGAAUCUGGUGGAGAACGGAAGCGGAAGCGUCGGUAGCGGCGCGGUGCUGCAGCGCGGCCAGCUCGAGGGCGAUCUGCAUCGCAUCCAAGAACUGUUCCCCGGCGAUAACCUGCGACUGCACGAGCGGGAUGUCCUCACCACGAAAAUGAAGAGCCUGAUCCGCAAGAGGAGCGGCGGGAACACCGGAAGGCUAACGAGAGUGCUGUCGCAGAAGUCGUUGAAUGUGUCCAGCAACUCGCCGGCCCCUAAAUCCCCGCCAAGGACGUUCCUCCUGGAGACUCCUGUUCAGUUCACCACGGGCGUACAGUCUCAGGAGAGACACCUGUUCCUGUUCUCGGACCUGUUACUCAUAGCCAAGGCCAGGAGCGGGGGCAACUUCAAGCUGAAGCAGUCCGUGAGGAUGAGCGAGUUAUGGCUGACCGCCGGACACAUAGAGGACGUCGCCGAGACGAGCAAGUCCCAGGAAACCAGCUUCGUCCUCGGCUGGCCCACCACGAACGUCGUCGCCACCUUCAUGACCGCAGCAGCCAGGGACCUCUGGUGGGGGCGUCUGACCGAGCUGGUGCGAGAGGAGAGCAUGAAGGAGCCGCCGGACACGAACAUUCAAGUCGUGUACCACGACAGCGACGCGAGCACGGAAUGCUGUAAGACGAUAAUGGUAGGAUCAGAGAUGACAGCGGCGGCCUGCGUGAACCUGGCAACGAGGCUGCUGGACCUCCAAGGCCCGUUCCAGCUAUGGGCAAGGACGUCCGCGGACGAGGCGCCCUAUCCUCUGAUAGGCCACGAGAGACCGUUCGCAGUCAAAUUGUCGAACCUCAGACACACCCUCUCCGCGGAAGAAGGCUUCGACCUGGAGCACUGCAACAAGAGCGGCCACGACACCUGCCACUUCAUCCUGAGGCCCGUGCCGAAGUCCCCGGUCAAGAAGAACAAGUCCAAGAUCACCGGGCUACUUAGGAGAUCGCUGUCGCUGAACCCCAGCCUGUUCGGCGUGAACCUUUCCAGGCUGGACGAGAACGGUUUACCGAAGCCGGUGCUGGUGAUGCUGCAGCAGCUGUUCGCCAAGGGCCCGUUCACCCAGGGCAUCUUCCGGAAGUCCGCGAACGUUAGGAUCGUUCGCGAGCUGCGCGAUCAGAUCGAAUCGACCGGAGACCCGAGUUGUCUCGAGGACGCGCCGAUCAUCGCGGUCGCGGCUUUGCUCAAGGACUUCCUGAGGUCCCUGCCCGACCCUCUUCUGACCUCGCACCUCUUCCCGCUGUGGAUGGACAGCCUCGACACGCCAAAUCCUAUUCAAACGAUUAAGAAUAUUCUAGAUAGACUGCCCAAAGCGAAUUACACCCUCCUGUCGCACCUGAUCUGCGUGCUGCACCACGUGGCACGGAGGUCGAAGCACAAUCUGAUGUGCGCCAGCAAUCUGGGCGUCUGUUGCGGGCCGAGCCUGCUCUGGUCGUCUAAUCCCUCGGUGAACCAGAGCAGGGCGAUACCCACUCUGACGGAGAUGCUGAUUCGACACUGCGAGGUUUUGUUCGGCGAGGGAGUCACGCAGCUCCUUGGGGAGGAGCGCAGUGACAGCGGAGCCGAGGAGAGCACCGACAGCCUUCACUCAGGUGGGCUUUCCCUGGACAGCCUGGACCUGACGGAACCGCCGCGAAAGGACCAUAUGUCCCUGUCACGGGACUCGGGCCUGACCCUGUCGGACUGUCAGCUGUUCAUUCCAGAGUCGCCGGUGGGCAGCGAGGACUCGGCGGUGAACGCGUCCUCGUCGAGCUUCGACAAGUCCCUGGGGAAGGAGGAGAAGUCCGCGAGCAAGUCGUACAUCCGCGUGUACGGCGGCUGGGAGGAGAGGAUAAACGGUUACACGGCGGCCAAUCAUCACUCGAGCGGCGUGGAGCACGGUUUCAGGGACGAGAAGAGCAACGUCGGCUAUCCGAAUCCGAACUUCCAAAGGCAGGACUGGCUGAGGGCCCAGCUGAAGAGGACCCCAAGAACGAAGCUGGACGAGCACGAGCAUCGAAAAGAGAGAUUCGAUGAGAAAGAUAUCUACGGCAGGGAGUUCCUCAGACAAGACUCGAUGAAGGAGAACGUGGAGAACUGCAAGGACAUUUAUCGGAGCGCGCAGCUGGACGUAACCCGUGACCUUAGGACGGAGUACGAAAGGGCUUCUCAGCAGGACAUCUGCACGGAGCGAGUCUCCAUUCACAAUUCGGAGCAAGACCUCACUGUAGAGUCCUCGCUGUCCAGCGACCGGUACGAGUUCAAGAAGGAGCGAUUCAGCGAGUUCAAAAAGGUCAAGUCCGAAGUAUACGUGAACCGAGAGUCGCCGGUCUCGCAGAACGGCAGCUACCAUUCGGGCAGCGAUUUGUACGAGUUCAAGAAAGUCAAGAGCGAGAUCUACGUGAACAAGGAGAGCACCAGGACCGAGAGAUACGAGUCCGACAACAGCAUCUAUGGGAACAGGGACAGGACCAGCGAGAUCUACGGCUCGAGGGAGAGAAACGAUCUGUACUCGUUCAAGCAAGCGGAGGCGAUCGAUCUGUACGGCGACGAGGACGAGGAGGAGGAGAGGACGUGGCCCGACACGCCGCCGCCGUUGCCGCCGAGACUGAGGCAUCUGCCGCCGGUGCACAUGAAUCUGGAGGACAGACACAAAGUGGCCGGAAGGUCAAGGUCUCUGCCGCCUCCGCCUCCCUACCGACCGCCCCCGCAGCCACGCGCCUCGGUCACAGGGAGACACUUGGGCUACGGGAGAUCAGUCGUCGACGAUGAAAGUUACGUUUGAGGGAAUGUGCAACGAGGAACGUUGCACCGCGACCGAAUCGAACGUGAGUCGCCUAACCGAGAGAGACUGUUCCGUGUUCAUCGCGAUACGAAAUGUCUUAUCGUGGAACUCGGGAUUCGCGGAACGUUUCUAAGCCUGUGGAAUCUCGAGGUUCUAAAGCGACUCGAGGAGACCGCAAACACACGUUGGCUCGUGUGCACGUGGGUCUCAUUACGACUGAAACUAGUCCAAAACUGGAACGCACGCGAUAUAUCCGGGACAAUAGCGUUUCGUUAUUAUUAACAUCGUUUGUCGUCGUCGUCGUCGUUGGAAAACGAACAAAUUGAUACGGAAGAUCGAAACGUAUACGUUACGUUCGAACAGAGUCAACAUUAUUGCGCGCCAUCGAUCUUUUGGCGGUUCUUAGCGAUAGACUUUUUUGACUGUUACACAGUGAUUCAGGGUGCUUCCACGAACCAUAAUAGGUUUUCUUCUUCUUCUUCUUCCUUUUAUUUUUCUUUUUUAAUUAGACAUUCAUUAUAGAGAUGUUGUAUCGUUAAGUAUAGACUGUAGCGGACAAGACUUUCCGUCGAGAUGAUAUUAUUCGUAACGAUUUUCUUACGCGAGCGAGAGUAGUUGUAAAGAAAUAUAUACGUGUACAUGCCAGACGUUAAUUUUCGCGCGGAGCAACAAAGAAAAUUGUAAAACCGUCUCCGCGUAUGCUGUCCUAUAGACUAUCAAGAGACCAAGACGUUCGUAAACGCACAUCUCAUCGUUAAAGUGUAUCAAGAUAUCGAUCUUGUGGGCUCGUUCCGAGCCCAGAAAUCAACGCGUUUCACCGAUUUUUCCCUCGGCCCAUCCCCCUUGUACAUUCGCGUCUCAAUUCUCUACCUUUUCUGUUUCUAUCGAUUGUAACGAUCCCUUCUGUUCCCUUUCUUCUACUACUUCUUAGAAGUUAGAGCGUAUAAAUUACGUAGAGUGCUUCGAAUGUAAAGCGCAGGUAAUCUUAAGGCAAUAAGAUAUACACCAGAAAGUUGUCGAAAAAUCGGCGUUCGAUUUCGUUGAAUCGCAAAGCUGAGAGUUUGUUCUCGUUCUUUGUAAAUACGAGUAAUUGUAAACUGUAAUCUUUUAUAUCGCUAGAAAACGUAUUAAACGAUACGCACGCCCUAUGCAACGCCCGUAAGGUAAAUGUAUACUUCUAUCUAAAUUAUACGACAUGCUAUGAAAGGUUAAAUAUAUUUCGUAUUUUAUACAA